UGUUCUCCUCAUGUUCAAACAAGUACAAGAGCAGUAAAAACUGUGCAUGAACGAAGCAGACGACAUUCGCCGGUUUAGAAAAGGGGUAAACUGCUGCCUUCCAGCUCUCCUGUCCUCACGAGCGGUAUCGAAAACAUAAAUGAAUGCAGAAAUGAAUGCAAUCAUAACGUCCCAUGCUGACAUGAUCAUCCCGUCACCCGCAGUCCCUCUCAUAUUAUUUCUCAUAUUAUGGGAAAUUGGUAUCCUCAUUUUGGUGCCUGUAAUUUGUUGUUUCUUGCCUCUAUGUGUAUUUUCUUUUACGCAGUUCCGACAGUUACGAUCCUGGAUUGUUCGCAAAGGUAUGUUUUAUCAUAACCUCGCAGGAAAUUUUGUGCAGUAUUGUAAUUGUAAAAAAAACCCGUCAUUUUCCUUGGAGAAACGAAUCAACUUUAAUAAUAGUAAUAAUAAUAACGAGGAUAUCGCAGUUCUCUGCGCCUGUUUACUCAGUCUUACGUCACCUUAGAAAAAAGCGUCCGCUGAAUGAAUGAACACACGUAAUUACAAUUAUUAAACAUUUUAAACUGCUUAAAGUAGUUGGGUGUAAUCAUGCCUCAGCUUAGGCACUGGUACACGAUUGCUUCACAAAGUCAACUACAUAUUUUUUAACGCCACAGCUGUAUAACAAAAAAAAAAUCUUGCAUCCUAUAUCACAGCAUAACCCACGUAAGGGUAAAACGAGCUGUUGCGUUACUCCGCCUGACCGGAGGGCGCUAGGACCCGGGGACUUCAAAAUCCCGAGAGCCGCUCUCCUAGGAAAAGACUCCUUAAGGAUUGCGAACUUGCAGGUCUCCUCCUUUCUUUUUUUUUUUUAAAUAGUUCCUUCACCUCCUCCCGGCCCAAUAUACGUGCAGCCCGGCAUGCUCUCCAUUUCAGAAGGGCAGGCUGAGAGGAGCUGAUGAGCGCUCGCCGCACAACAUGGAUCGCGAGAAAGGCGCGCAGCUGCUCCUGCUGCUGGGAUGGCUCUCCUCUCUCGCGGCACCGCUGGACGGGCAGUACGAGAAGUACAGCUUCAAAAGCUUCCCGCUCUCGGACAUCACGCCGCUGGACAGCGCCUACGGAUAUGCCCUGGAGCACUACGCGGCGCACAGCUGGAAGGAGAGCCUCCGCUUUCUGGAGCUCAGCCUGCGCCUCUACCGCCUGCUCAAGGACAGCGAGUCGUUCUGCGGCCAGAGCUGCCGCGAGCGCGAGCGCGAGCCCGAGCCCGAGCCCGAGGUCGACGUGGAGGGCGAGCUGCGCGUGCUGCGGCACAUCGUGCUGCGAGCGUCCUGCAUGAAGGCGUGCAAGAAGAAGCUGCCCAUCUUCUCGGUGUCCUACCCCAGCAAGGAGGUGCUGGACGCCUUCGAGAAGAGGGAGCCCUACCGGUACAUACAGUACGCGCAUUACCAGCUAAAUAACCUGGAGAAGGCCGUGUCUGCGGCUCACACCUUCCUGCAGAAGAACCCCGACGAGCCCUUCAUCACCAAAAACAUGAACUACUACAAGACCUUGUUCGACGUCGAGGAGUACCUCAUCAACCACGAGGAGCAGCCCUACGAGGGGCUGUUCCUGAAAGCGGUCAAGCUGUUCAACUCCGGUGACUUCAGCAGCAGCAUCAGGGACAUGGAGCAAGCGGUCAGCGAGUACUUCAAGGCCUUUGACCUCUGCCUGGCCGGCUGCGAGGGCUCCUACGAGCUCGCCGAAAUCAAGGACUUCUUCCCCUCCCUGGCAGCCAUCUUCACCGAUGCGCUAAGGUGCAAGACGAACUGCGAGGCGAAUCUGACCCCCAACGUCGGGGGCUUCUUUGUGGAAAAGUUUGUGGCCACCAUGUACCACUACCUGCAGUUUGCCUAUUACAAACUGAACGACGUGCAGAACGCCGCCCCCUGCGCCGCGAGCUACGUGCUCUUUGACCCCGACGACAAGGUCAUGAAGCGGAACAUAGUUUAUUACGACUUCUACCGGGAGCAGUGGGGCCUGCGAGAGAGCCACUUUCAGCCCCGUCCGGAGGCACUGAGAUACUUCAACCAGACCACGACGCAGGAGGAGAUGCUCCGGUUCGCAGAAAAUUAUCUUCAGACAGACGAUGAGGGCGUGGUGAGUCCGGAGGAGACGUCUGCGAAGCCGACAGAUGCCCUCGAUGCAGAGUUUGAGGGCCUGGGUGACUAUGAGGAGGGCUUCAUCGCUGACUGGUGGCAGGAACCCAAGGCCAAAGGUGACACGGCUGAAGAGAGCAACUGACCGUAACCUGGCUGAAACCAGCAUGACCUCAGAGGUCUGGGCAGCCUACACUGGUCAGGCUGAAAGUAAAAUCAGCGCUGAUGAAGGGACACACUAGUGACACACAGUAGACUGACCAGCACGGAAGAAGGAAAGGAGAAGGGAAUCCUUCAGCAGUUUGGUUUCAUUCAUGGGUAACGUACCCAUUGGGUUUUAAGAUUAUCUGUGAAGACUAAAGGUGUAUUAUAGUUUUUGACCUUGGUAUUAUUGUUUUUUUUUUUCUAUUUUUUUUUGGUCAGUAAUAUUUAAAUACUAAUCUUUGUGCCUUGACAUCAAAUGGCGCGUCGAGGUGAAAUUCUCUCUCCGGUCUAUAUCCGUACUGGAAGGCAGACAGUGGUUGAAUGGAAUGCAGAAUAAACAUUUGUGGUCUUUUUA